UCGCGGUUGGUCCGCAUAAUUUUAAUACCAUCCGCCGAUUCAAGUUUGUGACGUCAGAACAAAAUGGCGAAAGUAAUUUCGCUUCCUGUUUGAAAAUCAAUGUGUAACAAAAUUGGAUAACUGACUAAAGGAGAAUGCCAAUGGCGGAAACCUGGCAACCUGGUCAGGAGGUUGUUGCCGUGUAUGAUUUCCGAGGAACAACUCGAGAAGAUUUGCCAUUUUGUAAAGGCGAUGUACUUAGUAUAGUUAAAACUACAAGGGAUGUGAAUUGGUACAAAGCAAAAAAUAAUAAUGGGGAAGAAGGAAUGAUUCCAGCUACAUAUGUUCAGAAACGGACAGAGGUUUCCCUUCAUGCUAUGCCCUGGCAUCACGGGGCUAUCUCGCGUCAGGAGGCAGAAGAUUUGCUUCAGGCACGUGAAGAUGGUGUUUUCCUUAUACGAGAUAGCGUACAUUUUCUAGGAGAUUACACAUUGUCCGUCUGCUGUGAUAAACGUGUUGAUCAUUAUCGAAUAUUGACUCGGGGAAAUCAUCUUGAGGUUGAUGGGGGAGAGUGUACUUUUGAUAGUCUAAUGUCAUUGGUGGAGCAUUACACAAAAGAUGCUGAUGGCUUAUGUACAAAAUUAAUAACACCACUGCCAAAACAAGGUGGAAACUUUUUCUCAGUCUCACCGGAAGAAUUUGCGAAAGGAGGCUGGACUCUUAGCUUAGAAGAUUUAAAAAUUGGUGAACUUAUAGGAAAAGGAGAAUUCGGAGAUGUAAAUAAAGGUCUAUAUAAAGACAAACCUGUAGCAAUAAAGAAACUCAAAGAUGACAACAGGGCAGCUCAGUCUUUCUUACAAGAGGCUUCUUUGAUGACGUCAGUUCGUCACCCCAACCUCGUAUCACUUAUAGGAAUAAUUCAAGAUAAAACAAUAUACUUAGUUUUAGAGUUUAUGGGUAAAGGUAACCUUGUAGAAUAUUUACGAUCUAGAGGACGAAGUGUUAUCACAAAGAAGGAUCAAAUUAAUUUUGCAAGUGAUACAUGUAGUGCAAUGGCCUAUCUAGAAGAUAGAAAAUUGGUUCACCGAGAUUUAGCAGCAAGAAAUGUCCUUGUCAAUGACGAAGGUACUGCCAAGGUGUCAGAUUUUGGAUUAGCCAAUAGAAUAGAUUAUAACCCAGCCCAAGUUGGAGGCAAGUUCCCAAUUAAAUGGACUGCACCAGAAGCACUCAGGGACAAUUGUUUUACCAGCAAAUCUGACAUGUGGAGUUUUGGCAUUCUUCUGUGGGAAAUUUACUCAUUUGGCCGUGUCCCGUAUCCUAGAAUUCCACUAGCCGAUGUAGUAAUGCAUGUUGAACGAGGCUACAGAAUGGAGGCCCCUGAGGGAUGCCCUCCAGAAAUUUAUGCCAUAAUGACCGACGCUUGGAAAGCUGAGGCGGACAAACGACCUGCAUUCAAAACAGUGUUACAAAAACUGCACGAUUUACAAGCAGUUACUGUAUGAUAUAUAAACAUUAGUGUCCGUUACAAAUUUUUUACGUUACAGUAGAAACAAAUUCUAAUCUUAUAUCAAUUGGUGAACUUAUAGGUGAUGAACAUAUCUUACCUAAAUACCAGUAUAUUGUAAAUAAAGUAUAUCAGAUGUCUUUCUUAAAUAUAUAGACUUAAGUUAAGGUCUAUUACUUUAAUACUUUUCAGAAUAUUUUUCUACUCGCAAAAAAAUCAAGAGUAUUGAAUGAAGUAAGCAAGUUAGAGCUAAUUUGGUAGUAUUUUGAUUGUCACAAAGAUUUUUGUAUGUAGGAGGGGCUAAAUGGUCACUGUGAUAGCUGAUUGGUCCAGUACUGUAGGUGCUUUAAACACACAAUGUUGGUAGAAUUCCUAUAUAUGAGUAGGCUGUAUAUAUCAGAUAUGAGAAAACUUUGUGAUUUAGUUGUGCUAGUGUGUGAAGGUAAAGUAGUGUUCAUGCAAAAAUUACACCAUUUCAACUAUCAUAAACCCUUACCAACCUAAAAAUCUUAAAUGGACUUGUUCAGUUUUCAAUCUGGACACAACCAUUCAUCAAUUUUAGGAAAUAUUUUAAAAUAAGCACAGACUGAGUAGCAAACAGUGCAGAUCAUGAUCAGACAGCAUGGAUGCACCUUGUGAUCUUGGUCUACACUGGUUGAAUGGGUAGAGUCAAUCGCCUCUAGCAGCCUAAGAGUUAGGUAAAAUAAUCUGAAAUUCUAAAGAAAAAAAUCAUGAAUUCAUUUAUUGCCAAAAAGGAAAUACAGAACUUGUAUUUGUUAAUGGCAAUCAAAAAAUGUUGUUUUAUUUAUUUUGAGAAGGUUCAUAAUUUAGUUUUAUUUUUAAGAAUUUAGAAUUUCGAUAUAAUGAAACAUUUUAUUUUAUUCAAAAAAAAAAAAGAGAAAUAAAAUUUCAGUCAUAAAUGUAGUGUUAGUGUUCUGUUAUGAUUUAAAAUUUGUAUCAGACAGGUGGCCUCUCUGUUUAGCUAUUUUACUUUUUGUUAAAUUUUGAAAUAUUACAAGUAGUGUUCAUAUUAAAGUGUUUUUUUUGACAAACUAGAGUGUGUAGAGUCAUUGCAAUUGUUUCAAAUCUAAUAUAAGCUUGAGGUAAUUAUUUCACUGUCAUGAGAAGCAUCAGUGUACAUGUGACUGUUAGGAAUGAUGUUUUGUUAGUAGUUUAAUAUAUGGGAUAUCAGAAAUGUUAGAUUACCUGUAUUAUAGGUUUAUACUCCUCCCAAAUUGUUUGUUUGAUUGAGCAUAUCAUAGUUGCUGGUGUGUUCUUCCUUCCUUCACAUGAUUCUCAUAGCAUGUUAAUUUAUUUUCUGAAACCUUAGAGUCUAAGUGUUCUUGGUACCUGUGUGGUCAACUACAAUGUAACUUUGUAUAGUGUUUAAGGUCAAUUAGGGUAAGGUCACAGUGGCUGAGUUUCUCCUUACCCUAUUAACAUGCUUUUAGCUUUGUCAAAGCAACAUUGGGGAGUAUCCACCAAACAAGUGUUAAGAAUAUUCUUAUUGUAUUUGUGGCCAGUUAAUAUGCUUGAUUCUGUGUUUAAUGUAGACAGAAAGUCGCCUUAAUGUUUUUGUCUAAAAUGCGUAUAAUUUAAACCCUUCAUUCUUCAAACUAAGUGUAUAAUGUGAUUAUGUAUGACAUGUGUUAACACAGUCAUCGAAUUUAGUACUGGCCCAGUGACCCAUGGCCAGUGAAAAAUAGUUCCGGCUAGUGAAAUUUUUAAGAAAAUUUAGUAAAAUAUAUAAUAGAAUAAAUUUAAAACUGGAAUUCGGGCUAGUAAAUUCAAAAUCUUAAAUUCAUUGACUGGUUAACAGUUUAUAGCUCUGUAAUGAUAGUGUUCACAAUAUAAAUAUUGUAUCUGAUGAGCCAUGUAUGACUGGUAUAUAUCUGUACAUAUUGCACUGAUGGCUUUAAUGACAGGUCAUGUGACGGACAGGUACCAGUAUAUAUCAGUACAUAUCGCACUGGUGGCUUUAAUGACAGGUCAUGUGACAUCUCUUUAACCAAAAUUUCAGUAUAGUGUAACCAGACACUAUACUAUUGGAUAUUCUCUUUAAAUAAUUUAAUAUAAUUGAAAUCUCUUAAUUUGACUAAAAGAAUUCCAAAUUUUCUUAAUAAUAAACUUUAUCAUACUAAAUUUGUGAAAAUUUGUAUAAAGCUGUUGCACAACAUAAGCAGAGUGAAGGUUUAUCAAGUGAUAUAAAAUAUUUUAUAAUGUGAAUAAAAUAAUCAGAUUUAUUUGCAAAAAGAUGUCAGUUUAACUGUAUGUAAUAAUGAAAAACUAUUUCAGCAAAUGUGUCAUUUUUUUCUCUCUUUUUUUGUAAGACUGUAUUUUUGUACAUUUAUUUUUCAAUGAAUUUAUCAUCUUUUUUUACAGAUGUCUUUUUUAGUCUAGUUAUUUAUGUGUAAGAUAAAUAUGUAAGACCCAUUUUGUUGGGAUUUUAUUCAUAUAUAUUUAUGGAACUUGAUAUUUGAUAGUUUGAUGAUGAUAUUGUCUUUUGGAAUUUUUCCCUUCACAUUGAAUACAGUAAUUGAUAGUGUUUGCCAAGCUAAGCUAUCAGAUGUUAUGUUUUUCAUGUAAACAAAGAAGCAAAUGUUUACAGAAGAGAAUGAUUUUAAUAUUUCAAGAAAUUAUAGUUAAAGCACAUGUAUAUUUGUAUUAAGUUAUCCUCCUUUUUGUUGUUGUUGUUUAACUUAACGAUGUUAAUGUUGAACUUAAAAGACAUACAUUUUUGUUGACUUUAAACUAAGCAUGUAAUAUUGAACAAACUUUAUACACUGUGUUAGUGGUUGAAGAAAAACGCUCAAUUUCUCACACUUAAACUUUGGGCAUUUGUCUGACCAUCUGUCUUUUUUAUUUCAAGAUUUAGUUUUUUUUGUAAGUAAAAUUUAAUUUAAAAAUUCUUCACCUCAGCAGGGAAUUAAAUUUUAAUUUCUUAUUUUAAGUUGAGGAAAGCUUCACUUCCAGUACAAUAAUGUUUUUCUUAAGACAAUCCCCCACCUACACUAUUUUAUACUUGUUCAAAUAUUCCAUUUAAUUUGCAGUAAUGUGACUAGAAGUUUCCCCCCUGAAUGAUAUGACAGUGCUUAUAACUAGUAUUACAACAUUGUAUAAUGAUGUUUACCUUUGUUUGUUUAUUGUUAAGUUUACGAUCAAAAUAUGCCUUUUUAUAACAACCAAAUAUGAGAAAUGUUUUAGGGGUUCAGGAGUAUAACCCAAUAACACUUGUUAUUGUUGUUGAGCAGAUUUCUAUUUGACUAUUAAUGUUGUCAAAGUGAUUUUUUUUAGCUUUUUAGAGAAGACAGAUAUAUUUUGUGUUGUUAGUAUUUUACCUCUCCUAUCUAGUUAGCAUAAAUGUUCUGUUACCUAGGUUACCUGAAUGAUAAAUCUAUACUAUACUAUUGGGUAAAUAAGUUUGGUGCUUCUAUGUAGAAAUCUUUGAUGUCUUUUUGAGAUGUUCAUUUGUGAAUAUUCUAGAGUUUGUAGACAUUAAUGUGAAUACAUCAUAUUAUAGGGAUGACUUUUGAUCUUUUAUCCAUUAAGAAUUUAUUAUGCUAAGAUUUUUUAUCUGACAAAACCAUCUACUUAUUUCAUUAUUAUUAUUAUAAUAUUAGUGAAAGACAUUUUGCUGAUAAAAUGAGUUAAGUAAUAUUAUGUUAUGAAGUGUAUACCUAGAAAACAAGUAAAUCAGUAUGAUAACACUGUUAUCACUUUGAGUGUUGUAUUUUUUUUAUCUCAAUUUUAGUGUUUUCACAUUGAGAUCCGAACCAAUUACAUUUGUAACAUGAUUGCAACAUGAAAAUGGUCAUUUCUAGUUGUUGUUUUUUUAUCCAAUUUAGCCCUGACUUUUCUAUUCAUUGCUAAGUCAACUGCUCAUAAACAGUAUUACAAACAAAACCAUGUGUUACUUUGUGUAAACCAGCAGGUUAACCAGUGACUUAUGUAUUAUCUCAGUGUAGGAAUUAGAUAUCCAUCCAGUUUGCAUAAAUCUGUCAACACUCAGUUAAAUUUUGUUUUAGACAAAGCUUUACUUUGAUAUUUUGGUAAAAAACUUCUGUUUUCAUUGUUUCUCUGUUAUUUCGGUAUAAAUAAAUUGUACUGUUUUAGUUUGAGGAAAGAUAUCACCAAUGUAUUUUGGCUACAGGAAUGAUACAGUGUUGAUUUGCUGAAUAAAUUGAAGUUAUAAAUGUAUGCUAAUUGUUAUACUGUAUAAGGCAUUUGAUCUACAUAGAUGACAGAUUCUUAUAUACUGAUAUAAAUGGCACAUAGAGAUAUUCCUCAACCAGUAUUGUUGCCACCUAACCUUAAUACUGUCAUUGUUCUGAUCAUCCAAUCAAACUGUUCAAAAAUAAGGAUUUAUUGUUUUGAUUGGUGAAAAAAAAGAUGAUAAAAUCCAGACCUAUUUAUAUGGAAGGUUUUGGAACUGGAACAAAGUGAUGCAUUUAUUUAUGUUAUUAUGUUAUAUAUAUAUUAUAUACUAUUUUAUGUAUCAUUCUUAUAGUGUAAAUAAGCAACACAUAGGCAUAUAGUAAAAUGCCAAUUCAUAAAUACUGUUUUGUUGGAGUUUUGUUUUUCCAAGAGAUUUCUUUGUUUUUGUAUUUGGUUAUAAUGUAGUAUAUCUUUAUGUUUCUUUUUUUUCUCUGAGAUACAUGUUGAUAUGUUGAAACUAUUGAUAUACAAUGCAUGUCUCUUUUGUAGAGAAAAUGUGUUUCAGAUAUUUUUCUCAGUGUCUCGUAGAAGGCCUUAAUUUGAUUCCUGUUUUUAUUUGAGGUGCUGCCCAUUCCAGAAAUAAUAUACUGUACAGGGAUCAUCUACAUACAAUUCUAUCAUACUGGAAAAUAUUAUUAAAGAAUAUAAGGCUUUAUAUCUGGCAUAAUAUUUAUGAUAUAUGAAAAAAUAUUUUUGUUAAAUCAUACACAUGAUCACUUUGAAGAAACAGAGUAAUAUGUUGUCAAAUUUCCAAAUUCCACCAAAGUAAGCAAUGCUUUCACACAUUCAUUGCUUGCUUUCAGAAAUAUCAAUUAAGUUGUUUGCUUUGAUUCCUAUGAUGAUUCGAACAGUAUGUCUGGUGAUAUAGUAGACAUUUUUGCCCAAUAAAGCUUUAUACUCUUUAAUUGUAAAUAUUAAAGAUAAAACAUUUACAUUAUUUGAAGCUGACAUAGUGAAAUGUAUCUCUGCUUGAAUACAAAUGCUUGCUUUGAUUACACAAUUAAUUAGUGAUUAAUUUCUUUUAUGACAAAUUUGUAGAAACUUUUAUCAUAACCAAAAAUAAUAUUUAUGACUAGGUUUGAUAGAAAAAACAUACUGAUUCAACAUACUAAUUUUGAUUUACAUUAACUGUAAUGCAUGUUGAAAUAGUUCAUGAAAAAUUUACAUGAAUUAAAACUGACAGCUGUCUUGUGCAUAAUGUUUCAUUUAGUUUAUAGUUAAUUUUUACAGAUUCAUAAGUGUGGCAUCAUACAUGUGCUGUUUAUAUGUGAAGUAUAUAGAGAUUGUACAGAAUGUUAAUUAACACUUGCCCUGUCUAAAACUUCUGCCACCAGUAUAGAGCCAGCCCAGCCUGCACAUAUUGUACAGUUUGACCAGGCUUUAUACUGGUGAUAGCUAAUUUUCUGUGUUAUUUUGAUAGCAUACCUUAAACUUUGAAUAGACUGUUCCAAAUUGAAGACAGGGCACAAAACACUAAUUCUGCAGGUUAAGUCCUAUAUCAUGUGCAGCUUGAUAUAGAUAUAUAUGUAUGUCUUUGUUAAAGAGACAAGAAGACAAUUAAUAUGUCCAUCCCUUAUAUACUUUUCUACCCGCUAUAAUCAUUUAUCUGUCAUUGAUAUGUAAAGCAUAUAUAGAGAUUUGGUAGUACUUGUAUGUAUGUUUUCUUGUAUAGUUGAUUAAUUGAUCAUACAUGUUCUGUUUUCUUAAUUACAUUGAUACAACUGUACCAUUAUAAACAAUAAAUUGAAUAGAUAUAA